UUACCGUCGUUGUUCAAACACAACAGACGCGCUAAAGACAAACAACAGAUCAAACUCGUCCUCAGAUCAUCAUGAAUGUGUCGAAAACAUGGCUUCUAAACCAGAACAGCUGCUGAUUGUUGUUUCUGUGCUCGAAGGCCGUCAGUUUCCCAGGAGUCCUCGGCACACGCUCGUAGUUGAGGCUCGCUUCGACGGCGAGAGUUUGGCCACAGACCCCGUGGAACACAAAGAACAGCCCCAGUUCUGCACUGAGCUGGCCUGGGAGCUGGACCGCAAGACUCUGCAUCAGCACCGGCUCCAGAGAACACCCAUCAAACUACAGUGUUACGCCGUCGACUCCAGCUCGUCUGCGAGGGAGUGUGUGGGAUACAUCGUCCUCGAUCUCAGAUCGCUGCAAGAGAUCAAGCAGGCUCCUAAAUGGCAUCCUUUACUCAGUAGCAAGUACACCAAACUUAAACCUGCUCUUCUGAUCAGCAUGAUCUUAGAGAACGACACCAAACCAGCAGCUGAGCCGUUCAAGGCCAAGAAAGCUCCAGCGAGGCCAGGCUCUCCAGCGCUGGUUCCUCUGGACUCUGAUAAACUCAGGCCGCUUCUGAACGAGGAGGAAGGUUUCCAUCAGAUCGGUCCUGAAGAUGUGUGCGCUGAGAUGUUUGUGCUGUCGGUGACGCUUGCGUUUGCUUCUAAGCUGGAGCAGCUGAUCUCCAGCUCCACCAAGCUGUCCAGCGAGGGCUCCGAGUUCUUCUUCUAUUACACUCUGUUGGGGAACGACGUCACCAGUGAACCUUUCCAGAACCUCCUCUGUCCGAACUUUGAGCCUGAGCGAGCGUCGGUGCGCAUCCGCAGCAGUGAGCCCUUCCUGCGGCUCUUCCUCGGUCAGCAGCCCUGUCUUCAGAUCCAUCUCUGCUGUGGAAACCAGUCUCUGGGCAGCACUGAGGUCAGUCUGGCCGGGUUGAUGAAGAGCGGCGCUGAUCUCACUAAAGCUCCGGCCACUAUAGAGGGUGUUUUCAUCCUUCAGCCUCCGCAGCGAGUGAAGGCCGGCCUGCAGUGUGUCCCGCCGGACCUCCAGCCCACUGUGAGCGUGUCUGUGACCCUCCGAACCGAAGACAGCGCUCAUCAGCUGGAAGUACCCAUUGAGAAUGGACCUAAAACGCCAGUGAAGAAAGGCCCGGUUCCAGCCGCCCGUCGUGAACGUCCCUCAGAGGAGCCCAGAGCCCUUAAGACCCCAUCACCGGACCGGCCUCUCCGGACUCCAGACGCUUCUCCUGAACACCAGCACUCAGAGAGCGAGGCCGAGAGUCUGUGCAGUGACAUCAGACAGGCCCCGCCCACGGCGCAUGAGAGACAGGCCCCGCCCACGGCACAUGAGAGACAGGCCCCGCCCACGGCACAUGAGAGACAGGCCCCGCCCACGGCGCAGAAGAGAGAGGCCCCGCCCACGGCACACGAGAGACAGGCCCCGCCCACGGCGCAGAAGAGACAGGCCCCGCCCACGGCACAUGAGAGACAGGCCCCGCCCACAGCACAUGAUGUGACUGAAGCUGAUGCUGGAGACUCGUCCGUCUCUGUUUCUGCUCCGAAGAUCUCCAUCCCUGCGUCUGCACAUCACUACAGCUUCUCCCUGGACCUGCGCAGCGUCCGAGACCUGAGGACCAGCUUCCCUGUGAACUGCAUCCUCCGGUACGCUUACCAGUUCUUCGGCAGCGCGGCUCCCAUCAUGACCAGUCCAGCGGUGGAGGUGAAGAAGAACACAGAGGUGUUUCUGCCGCAGUCGUACUGCGCCUUUGAUUUCGCCGCUUUACCCAAUCAGCUUCAGGACACGUUCCUCAGGGUUCCUCUGCUGGUGGAGAUGUGGCACAGAGAGCCGAUCUCUGGAGAUGUUCUGCUGGGUUCUGUCAGCAUUCAUCUGUCCCGUCUCCUCAGCUCCGAGAAGACACGCUUCCUGGACCCGUCCGGUCUGCAGCGCUGGAGACAGAGCUGUUCUGAGAGGAUCCCCAUCAUGAGAGCAGACGGGUCCGAGAGGUUGGCUGAACUCUGUUACGUGAGCGUUCUUGAAGAUCUGGGCUUCGUGAAAGCUCAAGACGUCCUCGUCUCUGAAUCGUCACAGGGGCCGGCGGCGGCUCUGGCUCCUCCUCCUCAGGGCCCCGGGGGGGCGGAGCCUGUCACUCGACCUCGAGAGACCCCGGAGUACAAGGCAGCGCUGGAGCUGGAGAUGUGGAAGGAGAUGCAGGAGGAUCUGUUCGAUAAUCAGCUGAAGCAGAAGGAGUUGAGUCACAUGCAGGCGCUGGCCGAGGAGUGGAGGAAGAGAGAUCUCCAGCGGGAGGCGCUCAUCAAGAAGAAGGAGCUGGAGUAUAAUGUUCUGGAGGAGCAGCUGCAGAAGACUCUGUGUGAUCUGGAGAAGAGAGAGAAAGCUCUGGCUCACGCUGAGAUGGAGACGCAGAGACUGCAGCGAGAGCUCCGCUCCGAGCACGAGCUCAACAUGAGAGAGCUGCAGGACAGCGGCCGGCGUCUGCGCCAGGACUGCACCCACCAGGUGGAGCUGGAGAGGUCAAAGGUCAGGCAGCUCCAGGAUCAGCUGGCUCAGCAGCGACAGCAGAUACAAGAGGCUGAGAACAAAUACAAGCAGCUGGAGAAGGAGUUUGUUCAGUACCGAGAUCAGCAGAACGUCCGGCCCGAGGUCCGUCUGCAGUCUGAGAUCAACCUGCUGACCCUGGAGAAGGUGGAGCUGGAGCGUAAACUGGAGUCUGCUACUAAAUCCAAACUGCAUUACAAGCAGCAGUGGGGACGAGCCCUGAAGGAGCUGGCCAGGUUUAAACAGCGCGAGCAGGAGAACGCUAUGACCCGUCUGAGGAAGCAGCAGCAGGAGCUGGAGCACAUGAGGUUACGAUACCUGGCCGCUGAAGAGAAGGAGGUCGUCCAGAACGAGAAACACGAGCUUCAGGACAUCCGGAACGAGCUGAACAGGCUGAAGCCGCAGGAGGAGCCGCGCAGCUGGAGGGACACGGCACACGCGUGUGCGAGCGAGAGCGCUGAUGAACACGUGACACGUCUGCUGGAGGAGAGAGACACGCUGCUGCGCACCGGAGUCUACACGCAUGACGACAGGAUCAUCUCUGAGCUGGACCGACAGAUCCAGCAGAUCAUGAGCCGCAGGAACACGUGACACGCGCGAGAAAGCCUUGCUGUGUGUGUGUGUGUGUGUUUAGAUGUGACUGUCGGUUUAAAUAAAUGCUUUUCUGAUCAUCUGAUGAAGUUUGUUUCUGCUUAGAUUAAGGUUUAAUCGGACAGGUUUGGUGAAAUCAGAAGAAAUAGUCACGAGUCUGAAGGAACACAUUUCUAGGAAUUUUGCAGUUAAUUCUCAUUUUGUAUUUUCAGAAAGAUUUGGAAUAUUUGUUACCACCAAAACGCAAUAAUCAGAAUUUCUUUUUUUUUUGAGGUGAAUCAAUACAUUUUAACAAUAUUCCAGUAGUGAUUUUGUUGUACUUUGAUUCCAUCUUUUCUUGGUAAAAGGCAAAACGUUGAUUACACUGAUUUCAAACUAAGGUUACAUUGAACCAAAAACUGUUACAACAUCUUAA